AUGAGUGCCAAGCGACCCUCCCCCGUGCUCCCCAAUGCCAUGCCAUGGCCGAUCUUCGAGAAGCUCCGUGACAAGCGUGUUGUCCUGGCCUCGGGGUCUCCGCGAAGGAAGGAUAUCCUGGAGAACGUUGGCUUCCGACCAGAGAUCAUCCCCUCGACAUUUGCUGAGGACCUCCCUAAGGGAUCCUUCGACAAGCUGUCUGACUAUCCCAUCGCGACUGCCGGAGAGAAGGUACGCGCUGCGAACGACUUCUCCGAGCUGACAUCAGGCGAUGGAGGUCUACGAGCGCCUGAUCAGGGAAAACGACGCGGAUCCCGCCGACAUUCGGAUACUGUCGUCAUCUUCCCUCCAGAGAAGGACACGGCUGAGGGCGGCAAGUACCACGGCGAGCACUCCGAGAUCCUCGAGAAGCCGAUCAACAAGGAGGAGCAGCUGCGCGCCCUCGACCUCAUGGCUGGGCGCGAGUGCGAGGUUGUCACCGCUGUUUGUAGUAUCAGCGUGUCAACGAUCGUGCACUUCUUCGACUACCCUAAGAACGUCAUCCAGGCGUACAUUGACAACGGCGAGGGUAUCGACCGCGCCGGUGGUUUCGCCAUCCAGGGUCUUGGUGGUCUCCUGAUCGAGAAGAUCGACGGCAGCUACGACAACUGCGUCGGGUGA